AAACAAAGGAAAGGGAACAAAAAAAAAAGAAAGAAAAUGGAGAGUGAAGUAGCAGCGACUGCUCAAGUCACCACGCCGAGACAAGAAGCUGGGACUCCGGCGACGGCCACUGGACCGAAGACGAGAGGUCGGAAACCUAAGAGCAACAACGGGUAUCAGUCACCAUCGUCACAGCAGCAGAGAAGCAACGAGAAGAAGAAGAAGAGUCACAAACCCAAUGUUGACGACAAGUACUCUCAGUGGAAGACUCUUGUUCCCAUUCUCUAUGAUUCGCUCUCAAACCAUAGCCUCGUCUGGCCUUCUCUCUCUUGCAGAUGGGGGCCACAGUUUGAGCAAGCAGCUUCUAAGAAUCAGCAGCGUCUCUAUCUCUCGGAACAAACUGAUGGCAGUGUGCCUUAUACCUUGGUCAUAGCCAAAUGCGAAGCUGUUAAGAGGCAGUGUAAUGUAGAAGCAUGCUCUCCAUUUGUGAAGAAGUACAAGACCAUCAUCCACCCUGGAGAGGUCAACAGAAUCAGGGAACUGCCACAAAACAGUAAGAUCGUAGCUACUCACACCGACGGUCCUGAUGUUCUCAUAUGGGACACUGAGACUCAACCAGAUCGGUAUGCUGUGCUUGGAGCUCCACAUUCUCGUCCUGAUUUGAUACUUACUGGACACCAGGACAAUGCUGAAUUUGCUCUUGCAAUGUCCCCAACCGAACCCUUUGUUCUUUCUGGAGGCAAGGACAAGUCGGUUGUUUUGUGGAGUAUCCAAGACCAUAUCACAACAGCUGGUACGGAUUCCAAAUCCCCUGGUUCUAGCAUCAAACAGACUGGUGAAGGUAGCGAUAAAACUGGUGGUCGCUCCGUUGUCCCUCGAGGUGUAUAUCAUGGCCACGAAGACACAGUUGAAGAUGUGGCAUUCUGUCCAUCUAGUGCGCAGGAAUUCUGCAGUGUUGGUGACGACUCUUGCCUUCUACUCUGGGAUGCACGAACUGGCACAGGUCCUGCCAUGAAGGUUGAGAAGGCACAUGAUGCUGAUAUUCACUGUGUCGAUUGGAAUCCCCAUGACAACAAUCUGAUCCUGACAGGGUCAGCAGAUAACACUGUCCGUGUGUUUGACCGCCGAAACCUGACCUCAAAUGGAGUUGGUUCUCCUAUUUACAAAUUUGAAGGCCACAAAGCUGCUGUUCUUUCUGUUCAGUGGUCUCCUGAUAAAUCAUCUGUUUUUGGGAGUUGUGCAGAAGAUAGUCUCCUGAACAUAUGGGAUUGUGAUAAGGUCGGCAAGAAGUCCGGGCGUGCAAUCAAAAACCCUGCUGGUCUUUUCUUCCAGCAUGCUGGUCACAGGGACAAAGUGGUCGACUUCCACUGGAACGUAUUGGAGCCUUGGACUAUUGUCAGUGUUUUUGAAAACUGUGAGAGUAAUGGUGGAGGUGGUACAUUGCAGAUAUGGAGGAUGAGUGACUUGAUUUACAGACCGGAAGAUGAAGUACUGACAGAGCUAGAGAAGUUCAAGUCCCAUGUUUUCUCAUGUGCCUUGAGGAAGCAAUCCCAUGACUAUUAG